AUGGCAUCUAUCCGUUCGAUUCUACUUGUGAUUGCCCUGGCUCUCCAAGGCAGUGAGGCCCUUCCUGACUGUCAGAGCUAUAUCCACAGUGAGACAAUCGCUUAUUUCAACAGCGCUCCCAUCACCUUUAGCUAUGAGCUUGCAACAGCCUUGGAUUGCCAAAGAUGGUGUGAGAAGGUAUCAAAAUGCCAAGCAUGGGUCUAUGUUGAGCAGUCAAAUCAAUGUGACCUGCAUCGUACGGAGGCGUUGAGCGUCUCGGAUAACGCAGGAUUCAUCUUUGGCGGGUGCAAGCCUAGAGCUGUCAACGAAUCCCGAACAGCUCCUACUCCUAGCUCUUCGUUGCACUCCGUUGUUAUCAGUACUCCAACACCUUCGGAAACUGCUUAUCUGGCUCAUGCUAGGCGAGAAAUCCUCCGUCACAAGCACAAGGGUCACCACCCAAACCUGUAG